GAGACAUUGGAUUUAACCUGUACAAAAGCCCCAUGCUUUGUGAAAUUCUUAGAGAUGGAAAAAAUGGCAAACAUUCAAGCUGAAAUCAAUGAGAAGAAACUGAAAACUGAAAUUCUGGAGUUGGAGAAGGAGACAGCAGAUAUCGCUCACCCUUUUUACUUAGGCCAAAAAUGUGAGAUUCUGCAAGAUAUGAAUAGACACUUGGAAGCCAUACUGAAAGCGAAGAGGGCUCUUAGGAAGAGGUUGAUAAAGCCCAGAUGUCAAGAGAGCCUGCCUAUUGAGGCUGCUUUCCACAAGUAUAUAGUUGGGUUGUUGACUGAGGCCGUGACUUUCAUUGAGAAGCUUGAAAGCCAUUUGCAGACUGUUAGAAGCAUCCCUCAUAUACCAAACAUCAUGAAGAAUAUGGACAUUGCUUGGACAAAAACAGAGAUGCUCGUGAUAGAGUUGGAGGAGCUGGCAGAGCAAAUAUUGAAAUGGAGAGAACUGCAAGAAGUGUAUUCUGACAGCAUCUGCAAUACUGCUGAAUUGGACUUUGGUUUAUCUUUAACCUAA